CCGUAUCAGUAUAUCUUUCAUUUGGAGGGGAAGCAUGAGUAGGUCUACAGAACGCCCCUGCACCACAAUGUUUGGGGAACUGGCUGCUUUGAUUAUUUUUGGUACAAAGGCUCUGAUUCUAACUGCAGAGGUUCCUCAGCUGAUCUCUCUGACUGAGGUGGAACGCGGCAACAACGUCAGUUUGAAAUGUCCAGCCUCUGAAAACAGAUUAUUUUAUUGGUAUAAACAGUCUUUUGGACAUGCGUUGCAAAUAGUUGCUUCAAGUAUAAUGAAGGAGACUCAAGUCAAUGAUUCACGUUUCACACUCACACGAGUGAAUGAUCAGUAUCUUCUUAACAUCAGUAAUGUCAGCAAAGAGGAUGAAGCAACAUACUUCUGUCAAAAUGGAUCAUCAUAUCAACUGACUUUCGUUGGUGGCACUUUCUUGGCUGUGAACGAUCAGGAUCAGCAGAAACAUUACAGCGUGAAACAAAGUCCAGAGACUGCGUCAGUCAGACCAGGAGCCUCAGUGAUCCUCCAGUGUUCACUUCUCUCUGAGCACAAAGAAAACCUGGUCCAGUGUCCAGGUGAACACAGGGUGCACUGGUUCAGAGCCGGAUCAGGACGCUCCCAUCCCGGCAUCAUUUACACUCAGAGCAGCAGGAGAGAUGGACAAGAGGAGAAGAGCUGCGUCUACAGUCUGUCCAAAACUAUACACAACUCCUCAGAUGCUGGGACUUACUACUGCGCUGUGGUCACAUGUGGAGAGAUCCUGUUUGGUGGAGGAACCAAAGUGGAGACGAGAUCAGAACUGGACCCACUUGUCCUUGUGCUUGCGGUGCUGUUGGUCUGUUGUGUGACCUUGAAUGUCGUCCUUAGUGUCAAAGUAAAUCAAAGAGUUUGCAAACAUUGUAAAGGCACCAUGAGCACCUUCCAUCACAAAGAACAUGGCAGGUCAAGUCUGGAUCAAUCAAAUAAUUUGGAAUGUGAAGCAGAGGAAUUGACCUAUGUAGCACCGACUUUCUUUGAAAGGAGAGCAAGAGUGGAGGAGAAGAAAGAGUCACCACAUCAGUGCUUGUACUCUUCUGUAAGGCGCAGCUGAGCGCAUCACCACAUCCAGCAACAUCCCUCUUCACCGGUAUAGCAGGGCCUGUGCAAUUUGGUUGGGUACCAAAAUCUAUAUUUUUAAGAUUAGCGACCAAAUUAUACUGGUGAGUAUGUAAACGUGAGUGACACCGUCUACAGAACAGCAUCACCAUGGAACGGCUGCGUGUCGCGGUUGUCAGUUGUAAUUUUUUUAAAUGUAUACACUAUACAGUUUGAAGAUGUUUACUCUCCUGUCCUGCAAAUAUUUCACAAUAAAAGCCCAUUAAACGGUCUUGUAAACAGUAUCCAACUCUCUCGGCUGUGCAACAGAAAUCGGAUCAAUGCUGUCGGUCACUUUGACUUGACUCAUCUUGUGGGAUUCAGUAUUUGGUUCCUUCUACUGUCAUUUAGUUUCCUGAGCUAACCAGCCUUGUUUGCUGUUAGCCGAGCUUGGUGUACAUUGUGUUCGAUGCCAGACAAAAUGUUGGAGGGUAGUAACCGGAACAGAAUGACUGAGUUAGUGGUUACGUUGGCAGCUGGUGAUUCACCAACAAGCCCUUCGAGUAUUCAGAGAAACAAAAAUGAAUGCUGACAAUGCGAGUGUGAACUACAACUUUUACGAUCUUUUUCUUUGUUGUUUUUUUUGGUGAUGGCAUGUUUCAGUAUUUCUGUUUCACCAUAAUUCAUCAAUGUAUUGGCCUAUUUGAUUGACAUUGUUAUUUGUUUUAAUAAAGACUGGUUUAUGUUCA